GUCGAGUUAAAAGAAUAAUAAUAAUUACAGUUCGAGCCUAUUUGUUUUCUAUAGUUUCCAAGAUGUCGGCCGGUAAGCAAAGAGGAGUCGCUAAAGGUGGAAUGUGGAACACGCAAACUCCGCAAUACAGUAAUGAAACUCAGCAAUUGUUAAAAGUUAUGAUGCAGGAAUCUAAGUUGAAUGCUUUCCAGCAGAGGCAGCUGAAGGAUGCGCUGAAAGGAGGAGGUGCUCUACCAAUGAGGUGUCAUCCAUCUACGAGUUCCAGGCCGUCCGCCCCUUCCCCACCCAAAUCCCAGAGUGUCCGAGUUGACCCUAGGGGUCACAGCAGUGGGCUGAGAAAGAAAGAGGACAUCGAAGACUCCGGUGCCUACGAGAGACCUCAGUACAGACCCAGCCCACAGAAAUCACUGGAAAAGGAGAAGAAUAAGUUACAGAACAUCAUGACGUACGGGGAGGACAAACCACCAAUCUCAGAAAAGAGAAGGAAAGAACUACUCAGGGUGCCGACCCCGGAACCAGAACCAGACAGAUUUGCAGAAUUGGAAAAUGAGAUCAGGGAGCGGGCCGAAUUUCUAGAAGACAUGAACCGACUCGGCAAAGGCAAAGAAUUCCAACCCAUCAUAGCUACGGAAGUAUCACAGAAAUUGCGUGAAAUGGAAGUCAUCGACAAGAAACGGACGGCUCAACUCCAGCAAGCUAUCCAAGCUAAGGAACGGCAAACAGCAAAUCCUCAGCCCACAGAGGGAGGGGAUGGUAACUGAUGGAACAGCAGGAAUUAUGUACAUAAUAACGGAUCAUAUUGUACAUAUACAUUAUGUACUAUAUUUUUAAGUUACAUUUUUAAAUUUUGGGAGUUCAAAGAUUCCAUGCCCAUUCAAUAAAUAAAAAAAUAAAUAAGUAGGAAUUCCAUGUGAUUUGCCCAUUACAUCCUUUGGGUAAGCAUUGCAGAAUGUACACUUUUCUAAUCAUGUCAAGACUAAAAUAGCCAGUUAACCACUUUACGCUGGGACUAUUUUUGCCAAAAAUAUCAUUUUUUGCAAAAGGCAAAAGUUUCUAGCCAUCUUUUGAUAUACAGCCAAACACCACAAACACUGAUUCGCAAGUGUCAUUUCAACAGUAUUUGUACGAUAUUUCUUGCUGAAACAUCAUAUGUUACAAUACUCCUGGGGUAUGCACUGGAGUGUAAAUUGUACAAUAGACCGUGCACAACGGCCAAUUCAAGAUCAACACACUGUCCGCCUCCACAGAAUUUGUGUGUGUGUACAAAAGGCACGAGGGAUUAGCGUGUAUAGACGUCACCCGGAGGCAAGUCGAGGCAAUCUUGACGUCUUAACCCGUCAACCGUGCCUACGUGUUAUCAUGUCCUCCGACGCGAACUGGUUAGAAGCUUUUGAUGGGAGAUAAAUUAACAAUGUCUUGUUGAUUAUAAAUUGAUCUGUUCUCUCUUAGUCCUUUUUGUUUGGGGUGGGGGAGUGGGAAAAUGUUUUAAUAAAAAUAAGGUAGUGGUCCUCACUUUCUUAAAACAGGAACAAAAGUAUCCCAAUGCAGUCACACCACUGAUUUUUCUAGUACACAAUUUUAUUUUGUUAUUUGACAUAUAAAAUAAAAUAAAAGAACGGUUCAUGAUUUGCCACCAUUAACCAACCAAAAGAUUGGAUAUAUUGAUGAAAAGAUAUGCACCUUGUUGCAUGUCUAUAGACUUUUGUGCAGUUCUGUUCCAGAAUGCCGUCCACGCAUAUUCUUGUACAGUGAUGUUAAUUUAUUCUGGUUUUAGUUCCAUAUUGUAUUUUUAUUUCAAUCAAAUUCCAAUUUUUGUAAUGUGCUUAGCUCGAGUGUGUAUUUAUAAAUGAAUGUUACUAAUUAAUGAGAAAUAAAGCCAUUUCUUAGACAGAAUACA